AACCUUCCGCCUAAAGGAAUUGUUUCUCUUGUACAGGCGACUAGUGUUUGCCACACAACUGUGUUGUCCUGAAAUUUGAAAAAUGCCUGAUGGGUAACCUUUCAUCAAUAGCCAUGUACCCAUAUGCCCUCAAGUCAUGACAAAUCUGCGGGGUGCUCGCGCUUCCUACCUUUCCUGCACACGUUUAUGUCGGUUGUUCUUGACAAGAGUGAAUAGCCGGCUUUGUUGUCCUAGUAGGUCGAUUUCCGCAAGCUGUCGCAGACCGGGUGCAACAUUCCAACCCACCAUGGAAGCUGCCAGACUGCGAAGACAUGAGCAGAGAGGAAAAUACGACGUUGACUCCAUCGAGGCAGUCUUCGCAGACAUCUUCUUUUCCCACGUGUCAUACGUCGACGAUGGCCUGCCACAAUGCUUGCCCAUGAUUGCCUUGUUUCGACGAGUAGGGAAGAACCAAGACCCGGUGAUCUAUCUCCACGGCCAUCCAAGCGCGAGGUUAAUGGAAAUUGUGCGGGCUAACGAGUCCGAGCAAGCCAGCUCAGAUGGUGAGGAAGCGAACGGAAAGCCGAAUAGCAGGAUACGAGUGUGUAUUACGGCCACAAAAGUGGACGGCCUCGUUCUUUCGUCGGCUCCGAAUGGACAUACCUUCAAUUAUCGAUCUGCGGUCAUCCAUGGUGCAUGCUCCCUUGAGAAGGAUCGCGAUAUCAAGCGGGAUGUGAUGAAGGGGGUGACCAACCACAUCGUUGAGGGCAGGUGGGAGGAUGUUAACCCUGUCGCAUCAUUCCAGGUUGCACUCGUAUGUGUGAUACGAGUCGACAUUCUCAAGGGCGGUGUCAAGUUUCGAGCUGGUGUUCCUGGGAUUCAGCCUAGGGAUAUAACGAAAGACGGUCCAGACAAUGAAGUGCCACCAUGAACAGGGGUGGUUCCUCUCCGCGAACAACUGGACGAGCCAGUCCCGAGUGGACUGACUGACAAUGCAAAAGUACCAGAGGGACUGCUGAGGUUUAUCGAGACCAGAAACAAGGCUCAGAGGCAACACGCCCAUGCUGUCGCCAAGUGAGGGCGGGUUUGGGGCCUUUGGAUGUAAUCCUGUAAAACACCGCUUGGAAACGAGGCAAAAUGGUGAUGCAAAUCUUAUGCAAAUGACUUUGGCCACUGGCGACCCAGAAUGAUGUUGUACAUAGAUAUGUAUUAUGCAAGAGAAGCUCUGGCCCUUUGAGGUA